AUGUCCACUGUUCGCAUCGAAUCUUCCUUGAAACGAAUUCGCGUCCUAUUUGGAGGCGUCGUCAUUGUCGAUACCAAGAGCGCCAAACUGAUUUGGGAUUCGCCAUUCUACCCACUCUACUACUUCAAUGUCGCCGAACUGCCUGAAAAGUACCUCCAAGGGAAGCAAGCAACAUCCGACGGCUCUCAGUACGAUAUCGUCGUAGGCGCACGAAAAGCACCAGCUGCAUUGCAAGUUUUCAGCUCUGGCGAUCGCGCAGGGUUCUUCAAACUCAACUUUGGUGCUAUGGAUGCUUGGUUCGAAGAAGAGGAGCAAAUAUUCGUACACCCCAAGGAUCCCUACAAGCGUGUCGACGUCCUCCAGUCUUCCCGUCACGUCCGUGUCGAAAUUGAUGGUGUUGAAGUUGCUAAUACCACUAAGCCACGUCUCUUGUUCGAGACAUCUCUUCCUGUCCGUACCUAUAUCCCAAAGACGGACUGCAGGCUUGAUUUAUUAGUACCUUCCGACCUGAAGACCGCAUGUCCUUACAAGGGAGAAGCCAGUUACUACCAUGUUCAGCUGUCACCCGACAAUCGAAAAGAGAACAUUGUAUGGUGGUAUCGCAAUGCAAACCUGGAAUGCGCUUCUAUCACUGGCUUCGUUGCCUUUUACGACGAGAAGGUUGAUGUCUGGGUAGAUGGCGAAAAGCAGACACGACCAUCGACUCACUGGUCGUAG